CUCACUUCAACACACCCUUUCUUCCAGAAUUGAUAUGUCACGAAGGCACUGUGUUCGUAAUUAGUCAAUCUCAUACUGCUUGGACCACGAGUCAAACAAGGUUGUCUUGAUAGCCGGAGUGGACAGACCUGAUCCAGCUGUGAGCGCCGGAUACGAGAAAAAGAUUACAUGCAGCACUUCCUCACCCGAGGGCGAAAUAGAUACAGUCUCCACAGGACCUCGACUUUAGUCCACACCUAAACUAAGAGCCAGGCAGAGCCGAGGAGAGGCCUCAGCAUUGGAAACUCUACUGAACCCAACGCUGACGAGUGUUAAGCAAACAUGAGCAUGGGGAGUCCAGGCUGUGAACGCACAGGAUGCACUGCACACUCACCUCUCAACAUCAGCCAACCCCACACCGACGCCAGGAUGGCCUGGCCGGAUGAGGCGGAGGACAUCAAACCGCCACGCAGCUUGUUGGGGUUGCCUGAGCUCAGCUGGCCGGGGGUCUACCUCCCCCGUUACGACAGAUUAGCUAUAGAGGAGAGCUCCUGGAUGCUCAGGGUGACAGAGACCCCGGCUCCUGUUGCUCCUCCCUCCAGGACACCAGAGCCCAGCCCAGUCAAGCCCAGCCAGCCCCAGGAGCCCCCCUCUGAGAUGGAGUGUCAGGUGGAGGAGCGCUGUCUGGAGCAGGUCCAGACCAUGGUGGUGGGAGAAGUGCUGAAGGAUGUCGACACGGCUUGCAAACUGCUCAACAUUGCCCCAGACCCGCUGGACUGGAGCUGUGUGCACGUUCAAAAGUGGCUCCUCUGGACCGAGCACCUGUACAGGCUGCCGCAGGUCAGCACCAUGUUUCAGGAGGUGAGCGGGAGAGAUCUGUGCUCCAUGACAGAAGCAGACUUCAGGCAACACUCCUUGCAGUUUGGAGACAUACUGUAUGCUCAUCUGGACAUCUGGAGAUCUGCUGCAGCAAUGAAGGAACGUUGCCCACCAGAAGACACCAAAUCUGCAGAUGAUGAUUCCUGGUCAGAUGUGAUGCGUAACUACCCCAGCCAGCCCAUCCACCUGUGGCAGUUCCUCCGAGAGCUGCUCCUCAAGCCUCAUAACUACAGCCGUUGCAUCCGCUGGAUUAACAGAGAGAAAGGGAUUUUCAAAAUAGAAGACUCGGCUCUUGUAGCCAGGCUAUGGGGCAUCAGGAAGAACCGCCCAGCUAUGAACUAUGACAAACUGAGCCGCUCUAUACGCCAGUACUACAAGAAAGGCAUCAUUCGAAAGCCUGAUGUAUCACGCAGACUGGUCUAUCAGUUCGUCAACCCCGUAUGAUGAAGAGGAUCGGCUGAUCUGAAGACAACGAGCUGAGGAGGAAGAUAUAUACUGGACAUACAGUCGGAGUGACAUGAACUCUGAAGCCUGUUUGUUCAUUCUAAUGUUUCAUUUCAAUUGUAAAGACUGCCUACUGAACUAUGCACUCCUGCCUAUCAUCACUCUACUUUAUUAUUCUUAACAAUGAUUUGAUUUGGUCUUUAUCACUCUUGUUUGAAAUGUAUUUUUUUGGUGUGAUGUUUGAUUUCUCAAAAGGAUCUUUCUUCUUACUAUGGAAAACAUUUGAAAGAAAUAAUAAUUUACUUUUAUUGUUGAAAAUUAGAUGAGGGGAUUGAUGUUUGCUCUCAUUUCCGCAGAGUACUUGUGCAGCUGGAGCCAGCCAUCGGCUAGCGUAGCUUGGCAUAAAGACUGGAAACAGCUAGCCAGCUUUGUCCAAAGGUUUUAAAAAAAUAAAUCUACAUAUGAGCACCUCUAAAGCCUCUAUAAAGAGCUUCAGGGGUGCUGAUAGGUGAGUUUUGAUCUCUUUGGAAAGAGCAAGGCUCCAGUCUUUGUGCUAAGCUAAUCUAAGCUAACCAGCUGCUAGCUCCAGCUACAUAUCUAACAUUGUGGGGUAUCAACUAACUCUUGGCAAGAAAGCGAACGAGCAUAAUUCCCCCAAAAUUGUCACUAUUCCUUUAAAUUCUAUUUUUUAAACAUGGGCACUUAUUCAUAUUCCCAUUCAAGUGUCAGAAGUCAAAAGUUGCAGAGCAAUGCAAAGUGAAUAUCUUUAAACCAGCCUUGAUGGAUAAUCCUUUUUACAUUUAUAUCUUUGGGAUUAUGUUCAGGAUCCAGAAUAAAGAAAUAUAUUACCAAAUGCUGUCUUUUUUUAAAAGUAGAAAAAAAUGAAUAGUAUAAAUCGCAUGCCGAGUCCAUACAAAAAACACACGGACGCUUGUUUCCCCUUUCAAACCAAUAUCGCAAUAUUG